UAUCGUMAAUUAUAUUUUUGGGGAUAUUGGCUAUUUGAUAGCUGAAUUUUUUUUUGUUGCGUUUUCCAUAUAUCACCAACGUGAURUGUGGCAAUAGUUUAGAAGUUGUCAGUGACUCAGUGCAGAGCACAGUGUGAUGAGCUACGUUUGGGAAUACUUUUGGGAAUAGAGUAGAUAUAACACCAGGAUUUUCAUGAAGUGAAGAUGGUGUGGGUUCUACUUUUAGUGGCUUUCCUGAACACUGGAGCGGUCCAGUGUCAGAGAUCCUCGCUGAAAGACAGUAAAAGACUGGACCCAGAGGUCAACAUGAACAUUAGUGAGAUCAUCAGGCAUUGGGGCUACCCGACAGAGGAGCACGACGUCGUCACAGAGGACGGCUACAUCCUGAGUGUCAACCGGAUCCCACACGGUCUGAAGAAAGGUGACGAUCCCAAGCCUGCAGUGUACCUCCAGCAUGGUCUCCUGGCUGCGGGGAGUAACUGGGUGACCAACCUGCCCAACACCAGCCUGGCUUACCUGCUAGCAGACGCUGGCUACGACGUCUGGAUCGGCAACAGCAGGGGAAACACCUGGUCCAGGAGACACAUCACACUCAGCCCUGACCACAACGAGUUCUGGCAGUUCAGUUAUGAUGAGAUGGCAAAGAAGGACCUGCCAGCAGUGGUCAACCACAUUCUGAAGACCACAGGCCAGGAGCAGAUCUACUAUAUCGGCCACUCUCAGGGAACCACUAUUGCUUUUGUUGCAUUCUCUUCCAUGCCUGAGCUGGCAAGCAAAAUCAAGAUGUUCUUCGGCCUGGCUCCAGUGGCCACUGUGGCUUUCUCUGCCAGCCCCAUGAGCAAGCUCUCCAUCUUCCCCGAUUUCCUCAUUUGGGAUGUGUUUGGGAAGAAGGACUUCAUGCCUCAGAGUGCUCUCAUUAAGUGGUUCGCCACCAACGUCUGCAGUAAGAAACCUCUUAGUGAGCUGUGUGGAAACCUCUUCUUCGUCCUCUGUGGCUUCGAUGAGCUGAACCUCAACAUGACUCGCACACCUGUGUACACCUCCCACUGCCCAGCAGGGACCUCAGUCCAGAACAUGAUCCACUGGUCUCAGGCAGUGCAUAGUGGRAAGCUGAUGGCCUAUGACUACGGGAGAGCAGGGAACAUGGCUCACUAUAACCAGUCGACCCCCCCGCUGUACAACAUCCAGGACAUGAAGGUGCCUACGGCCCUGUGGUCCGGAGGUCACGACACCCUGGCUGACCCUAAGGACAUUGCCAUGCUGCUCAACCAGGUCCCCAACCUGGUGUACCACCGCCACAUUGAGCACUGGGAACAUCUGGACUUCAUCUGGGGUCUGGACGCCCCCCAGGAGAUGUACAGUGAGAUAAUCAAACUGAUGAGUCAGCAGGACUUGGUGUGAACAGUGGAUUGACAGGGAGAAAUAUGGACAGUUUUAGCCUCAGCUCUCAG